ACUCAUUUGAUGGAAGCGGCUGCAGCGUCGUUGCUAGCGCUUUAGCCACUGUUUUCUAUUGUCAUGUUCCGAAUAACCCGUUAACUUAAAAAAUAGAGCUGUUAAUUAUUUGUUUUCCUGUAUCCACUUUUGGGGAGGGUCAGAAAAUAUAACUUGGGCGGAGAGCCGAAAAGUGAGAUGAAAUGACAACGUCAACAUUACAGAAAGCCAUUGAUCUUGUCACCAAAGCCACAGAGGAGGACAAGGCGAAGAAUUAUGAAGAGGCCUUGCGCCUGUACCAGCAUGCUGUGGAGUAUUUCCUACAUGCCAUCAAAUAUGAGGCCCACAGCGACAAGGCGAAGGAGAGUAUACGAGCCAAAUGCAUGCAGUACUUGGACAGAGCGGAGAAACUUAAGGACUACUUGAAGAAUAAAGACAAACAAGGCAAAAAGCCCGUCAAGGAGGCACAGAGCAAUGAUAAGAGUGACAGUGACAGUGAGGGCGAAAAUCCAGAAAAGAAAAAACUGCAGGAACAACUCAUGGGUGCUAUUGUGAUGGAGAAGCCUAAUGUUAGGUGGAACGAUGUGGCUGGGCUGGAGGGAGCGAAGGAGGCUUUAAAGGAAGCGGUCAUCCUCCCCAUCAAAUUCCCUCAUCUAUUCACCGGAAAGCGGACUCCCUGGAGAGGAAUCCUGCUGUUUGGUCCUCCAGGAACUGGAAAGUCAUACCUGGCCAAGGCUGUGGCCACUGAGGCCAACAACUCCACCUUUUUCUCUGUGUCCUCCUCAGAUCUCAUGUCCAAGUGGCUGGGAGAGAGUGAGAAGCUGGUGAAAAACCUCUUCGAUCUGUCUCGCCAGCACAAGCCCUCGAUCAUCUUCAUCGACGAGGUGGAUUCGCUGUGCGGCUCCAGGAAUGAGAACGAGAGCGAGGCGGCCCGCCGCAUUAAGACAGAGUUUCUGGUCCAAAUGCAAGGUGUGGGCAACAACAAUGAUGGUGUUUUAGUGCUUGGAGCCACCAACAUCCCCUGGGUGCUUGAUGCCGCCAUUCGCAGAAGAUUUGAGAAACGGAUUUACAUCCCUCUGCCGGAGGAGCCGGCCCGGGCUCAGAUGUUUCGACUUCAUCUGGGCAACACGCCUCACAGCCUGAGCGACGCCGACCUGCGGGAGCUCGCUCGCAAAACAGACGGCUACUCAGGUGCUGACAUCAGCAUUAUCGUCCGAGACGCUCUCAUGCAGCCAGUUAGGAAGGUCCAGUCAGCUACUCACUUUAAAAAGGUUUGCGGUCCAUCCAGAAGCAACAACCAGCUGAUGGUGGAUGACCUCCUGACUCCCUGUUCCCCUGGCGACCCCGCAGCCAUCGAGAUGACCUGGAUGGAUGUGCCAAGUGAUAAGCUGCUGGAGCCCAUAGUUUGCAUGUCGGACAUGCUGCGCUCUCUGUCCACCACCCGUCCAACAGUCAACACAGAAGACCUGCUGAAGGUCAAGAAGUUCACAGAGGACUUUGGGAUGGAGGGCUGAGACACCGACUCCCACCUUGUGUGUCGUCCACCUUAAGGCUCCAAUAACGACACCCCCGCCUCCUCACCCGAUUCAUCGCUGUGUAGGCUCUCAUCUCUCAGCUGGACUCUCCUUCCUCUCAUGGAUGUGAAAAAUAAACGUCUUCAGUUUCGGACUUCUACCCGCUCGAUCACGAGGGAUGCUUACUGAAAGCCUGUUUAGAAAAUCUGCGUGACUUUUAUAGUUGGACAGUAGAUCUCAUGUCUUUCACCGCCCGCAGAAUCUUCAUAUAUGACCUCUGCUGCGUUUUACGUGAGGAAAUACUUUAAAGUUCUCCCCCCCCCCCCCCCCCAUUACGUUUGACUGAAGGAUCCUACAUGUUGUUGCACACUUUGCUUCGAUCCCUCCGAAGGACCGAGACGUUUGAUGAAGAGACGGAAGUCAGUUCCCCGCCAGGCACACAGGUGUGCGAAUGCAUCCAAGUGUUUUUAUUCAACUUGUGUGUCUUAUUGUUCAUGUUUAAUGGUAAAAGCCUGAUAUUUUGUUAUUUAAUGUUGAGGUAAAUUAAGUAUGUCUGGAUCGGGCCUGAACCUCCGAACAACAAGAUUGUUAGAAACAUUCUUGACCGAAGUAUUUUCAAUGUAAGAGUUGUGCCUGACCGAGGAAUAAAUAACCCAGUCUAAAGAAAUUUCAAAUAUUUAGAGCUCAGAUUUCAGUAAUAAAUAAAGAACAAGGCAACACUUUGAUACUAUUAGAAGUUGGAUUUUUUUUGUCACAAGAAACUAUCACCAGCUUUUUUGUAAUAAUAAAAGUUAAAUAUUUUUAAGGAAAAUAAUACAAAAUAAUUCACAGUGGAACAAAACGGUUUUAAUUCACACCACUGCCUUUUCAUCAAGCAUUUAAAUGUUUUUCAGGUGGUUUGGCACAAUAUGCCAGUUUUCUCAUCUAGUAGUUUGUUUUACAGAAAUCAGAUCGGAAAAACAAUUUGUAAGUUUUUAAUUUUGUCCGGAAACUUUAAAACGUCCAGUUUAUUAUGUUUGAGUGUGAAAGAAACGCCUAAACUGGAGGUGAAACUUCGAUCGUUCCUUUUGAUUGACAAACUCUAGGAACUGUUCAGCGGCUGUUUUGGCUUCCAGGUACGAGACAAGAUGUCCACGUUUAUGAGUAAAGUCGAUUUGUGGAUGAAAGCGCCACAAAAACCAACUUAUCUGUUGCUAUUUGUAAAACCACAAAGUAAAUCAUUUGGCUAAUCAAAAGUUGAAAAGGAAAAAAUCUUGUUGCUUUUUUUUUUUUUUUUUUAAAGCUCUUUGCUCCAUUUUCUCAAAUGUUGAAUGAAAAUAGAUGUUUAUUAUUUAUAACUCAAUCAGGCACAUCUCUUUCUCUUUGCACCUUGACUCCAGUGUUUUAUUUAUAACUUUUAGUCACAUUUUACGUGCAACCAGUCGAGCUUGACACUUGAACUUUGACCUUUCCUGUUGAAGGAGGCCUGAUUUUUUGUUUUUGGGAGACAAGUCUUCACUCGGACGUCCCCUCAGACGCUACAGUUUAGUUUUAUUCCUGAUCAGCUGAUUGUAAGCAGAUGUUAACUGUUCUGACUCCCUGACAUCUGGACCACAGGCUGAACCAGCGAUCAGACUCGUGGUGACUUCGUGCUGCAGUAGUACAGAUGUGCGUUUGUGGAGGUGCUGUUGGUUCAGCUGGAGAUUAGUUCAUGUCCGUGUUGGAUCCAACCUGCUGCUGGUCAUGUAACUAUCACUACUAAUUUAACCUGACGUAAUAAAAACUCACAUUUCAAAUGA